UGCUUACAUAGCAUAAUGCAAACUCGCAAGGCAGUAAUACCGCAACGGCGAGAUGUCGAUCGGAUACUGCGCUUUACAGAGCGUGGAACUUUUCAAAUCUCGGUCUUCAGUGAUUUGCAUUUUGCAGAAGAUGAAGGAAAGGACAACAAAACAAGAAAAGUGAUUGAGACAAUUCUCUCGUCGGAAGAAGCACAACUUGUUGUGUUGAACGGAGACCUAAUAUCUGGGGAAGCGCUCAAAAAUGCCAAUUCUUCCAGCAAAUACGUUGAUCGGAUUUUUGCUCCAGUAGUUGACAAAGACCUACCAUGGGCAACGACAUACGGGAACCACGAUAGUGAACUCAAUCUCGACCCUGAAGAUAUCUUUCGCCGAGAACAGACAUACCAAAAUUCCUUAACGCAGCAGCAAGUAUCGGGCUCUACUGCUGGAGUUACGAACUAUUAUCUACCUAUCUUUGCACACGAUGCUUCAACUGAUGCAACGCCAGUGUUCAUCUUGUGGUUCUUUGAUAGUCAGGGUGGUCACUAUCAUAUCGACGAAAAUUAUAACGGGACAUCCGUUCCGAGGCAAAAUUGGGUCGAUGAUUCGGUUCUACAAUGGUUCAAAAACGCUAAAGCCAAUCUUAAAUACACAUACGGCGACCCAAUUCCCUCUAUAGCUUUCGUUCAUAUCCCUGUUUUCCCAAUGCGCGCGUUUCAACAGACUGGUGUCAGUCCAAGUAAGGAACCAGGAAUCAAUGGCGAGCGAGUUCAGCAACAAGGCUAUGGUAACGACAACAUCAAAUAUGACUCCCAAGAUCAUUCUUUUAUUCAAGCAUUGUUGAACACCACCGGACUCGUGGCGACAUUUAGUGGUCAUGAUCAUGACAACGACUGGUGCUUCAAAUGGAACGGUACACUAUCUGGCCUCGACAUUUCAGGGAAUGGCAUCAACAUGUGCUAUGGCCGACAUACGGGGUAUGGAGGGUACGGAGAUUGGGCUCGUGGGGGCAGACAGAUCUUGCUAGAUCAACAACAGCUUGGAGAUGAUGUGCGGAGUUGGGUUCGAUUGGAGGAUGGGUCUGUUUCUGGAAAUGUUCAUUUGAAUAACACUUAUGGGCAAGAUCGAUAUCGGUUGGUGGAGAAGAGAAUGACCGGACAAGGUGAUAUUCUUUCUUCACAACUUUAUUCUGUUGUAUAUGUGUGGGUAUUUUUCUUUUCGUUAUUUCUGGCUCAGAUAUUGAGAAUCUGA